AUGAAAGAACAACCUGUCGACUCAUUAAUGGACGAAAACAUGGAUGAAGUUUUUGUGUCCUACAACGAUAUGAUACAAGACAAUGAUUAUGCGACGAGCGUGGAAUCAUACAAAGAUGUGUACGAAUUUCUGGAGAAUUCUGCUGAAUCCGAUUUCCACUAUUCAAAUGAAAGUCAAAAUUCGAGCCUUGGCAACUCGUGUUCCACGGAUGAAAAAAACAUCCCCCUAUUCUCCUACGUAAGUAAUGAUUUCAAGUUGAAAAGGGGGAAAAAGUAUAAAAAAUGCUACACAGUUAGCUACAUAAAUAAUAUGAACAGUGCUGAGAACUUCCCGCUUAAGGCAUAUGGACGAGUGCCCCCCAACAGAGAUAAAACAAACAGAGUAACCAGUUUUCAGUGGAAACCCUUAGGAAAAAAUGUUCCCGAAAUUGAUAAGAUAAACUUAUCCUAUAAGAAAGCUUGGGAUAUAGGAAAAGAAGGUUGCAAUGGGUUACUCAUUAAAAAUAUGUUCGAAAGUUAUAAACAGAAAAAGCUGAAUUACAUGGUGUUAGAUGGCACAAAUAUAGACAAUUUUUUGACGGUGUACUCUCACACGUACCAGGCCGCUAUAAAGGGCGUGACCCCCAAUGUGCUACGAACAUUCAGCUUCUACGAUCUGGAGAAUGCCUACUUUAUGUACGACGUUAAAAGCAUCCACAUUUUCAGAAAAGUGAAGGAUAAGGAUAAAGGAAAAGGUGUGGUAUUAAAAGGCCUAAACGAUAACUUCUUUAACGCUAUAUUGGUGUGUAUGUACGAAAUAGUAGUUUAUUUAAAUUUCGUCAAUUAUAAUUAUGAUUCGACGAAUAAACCGGGUAAAAAGAAGAAAAAAAAAAAGGUGGACGAGAGAAACGAGAAAACUUACUACGUUAAAUCAGCGAGGAACGAACACAAUGUGUAUUCCAGUAACAUAAAGGACGUCAUAUCCCAUAACAAAAAUAAGAAAAAAAUAAAUGGUACCGCGGGGAAUGCCGCUUUUAUCCGUGAAGAAAUGGGAAAGGUGGAACGCAGUAGGAAUUUCCCCAGAGGAGGGAAAAACAUGGACGUUGAUAGAGAGAACCCAAACCAGAUCACCCUUUGGUCGUCCAAUAAUCAAGAAGAGUUCGGUUAUGAGUAUAUUAAAGACAUAAUAAAAAAAGAAGAGAAGGAAUUGUACGAGACGGACAAAAUGUACCACAACAGUAAUGAUGAGUAUUCGUCCCACACGUCUGAGAGCGUAGAGCAGUAA